UCGUAUAUAAAUGAAGUAGGCUGCGAACGUCUCUCUUUUAUAACCUCAAAAAUGCGCGAGAAGUAUCACUCAGAGAUGGCGAAGUGAGUUUAUUUUUAAUAUUAAUAAGUGUUUAAGUGAACGGAUCAUCACCAUGCCGUCGAAAAAGAGAAAAUACAACGCAAGAUUUCCCGCGGGUCGAAUUAAGAAGAUUAUGCAAACGGAUGAGGAAGUGGGGAAGGUUGCACAUGCAGUGCCGAUCAUAAUCUCUCGUACAUUGGAGCUGUUUGUGGAGUCGCUGCUGUGUAAGGCGAUGUCAGUCACGUUGAAUCGCAACGCGAAGACUGUCAGCCCGUCACACUUCAAGCAAUGUAUCCUGGCGGAGUCCAGAUUCGACUUCCUCAGGGAUCUGGUGAAGAAUAUACCAGAUGUUUCACCUGCAGAUGAAAAGGACAUGAGCGCGGAGAGUUCACCCAAUUCUUCUAGAUUUCCAGACGCAGCUCAACCGCCUCGGAGGAUAGCAAGAGAAGAUUCCACCAGUUCUAAUAGUUCCGAUAUAUCGCAACUGUCUCAUCAUAAAGAUAACCUCAAAAGAACUUAUUCAGAAACCGAAGUCACCCGACAACGGAACGAAACAAUCACUUCCACAGAUUCUGCUAUAGACUUAACUAAGAAAGAUGGACCCAAACAAGUUAGAAUAGCAAAUUUCUAUCAAGAAACAUUAGUCGACGAACAUCCUAGCGUUAUCACAAUCAAUCCAACGUACGCGAGCCCUCAGCCUUCGACUUCUAGUUACGUAAAUCUCACUAAUGUCGAAGGUAAUAAGGUCGAAGUUACCGUGCCAAAGCCGAAACAUAAGCCAAUGCUUUAUGUAGAUGUUAAAAAUAACAAACCUAAAACACCGACACCGCGAACACCCGUCACUCCAGUACUGAAUAUAGACUUUACUAAAAAUCUAGCCAAACCAGAGAUCAGAGUUCUUGAUACUGCGGUGGCGAGUAUCGUCGGAGUGCCAAAGAAUGAGAAACCUCCGAAGUUACAGAGGCGAAACUCUAAAGUUAAACUUGACACGAAAAAGUUUGAUCCCAAACCUCUAAUUCAGACCCCGCCGGUUGAUAUCGACCAUUUGAAUUCCGGUAAUUUACAAAUUGACGAAGACUAUGAUACCUGAAUAAGUAAGUUUUGUUUUAUCUUGUUUAAUUUGUUGUGCUAUGUUUUAGAGGGUAGACGUGAAAUUUGUUAUCCAAUUAAUUCUUAUAUAUCACUUAUAAAUAACAUUUUUAUAAAAUUAAUUAACAAGAAAUGUUGUCUAUCUUAAAAAUAUAGUUUUUAAAGUGAUAAACAGUUUGCUCAAAAUAUUUCAACUACCCACAUUGAAUUUGCAACGAAAUAAUUUAAGGAAUAAAAUCUCUGAUAGCUUAAAUAAUUGCAAAGUUAUGUUAAGUAUGUGGAGUAAAAUAUAUUUUCGACUCACAGUAACCGAAACGGAAUCUUUUUUAUAAUAUAACUAAAAAUGCAAAAUAACUUACCGUAUUCUGGGAUAAUGACGUAAUUUCUUGUAUUAAGGCGAUGCAAUAAAGAAGACAAAAAACGCCUAUACUGGUUUUUAAUUUUCCCGGUCAGGCUAUGAAAUUGUUUUUUUUUUUAAUUAUUACAGAUAAUAUUGGCAACACUG